AUGGCUCCAGUACGACAGCGCGGCCCAGGCCAUGACCGACAUUGUGCGGAAACCCGGCCGUCUCUCACUCCCUAUGCCACCAUCAUUGGAGCGAGGCGCGGAUUGUGCGCUGCGAGUCUCAAAGCUAUCGUUCUUGUCGUUAGACGCUGA